GUUAGGGCCGACAGAGGGCCAUGGCGAGGUGAGAGGAGGCCUCUUCUCCACUACUGAGGAGGCCACGGCUGCCCGCCUGCCUGCAUUCCACGCGGGCCGGGCUGCAGCAUGGCCGGGAUCAUUAAGAAGCAGAUCUUGAAGCAUCUGUCCCGGUUCACUAAGAAUCUUUCCCCGGACAAAAUCAACUUGAGCACUCUGAAAGGGGAGGGCCAGCUGACCCAUCUGGAGCUGGAUGAAGAGGUUCUGCAGAAUAUGCUGGAAUUGCCUACCUGGCUGGCCAUCACCAGGGUCUACUGCAACCGCGCCUCCAUCCGGAUCCAGUGGACCAAGUUGAAGACACACCCGAUCUGCUUGUGUCUGGAUAAGGUGGAGGUGGAGAUGCAGACCUGUGAGGACCCUCGCCCCCCCAACGGGCAGUCCCCCAUCGCCCUCGCCUCGGGACAGAGUGAGUACGGCUUUGCUGAGAAGGUGGUGGAGGGAAUGUUCAUCGUGGUCAACUCCAUCACCAUCAAGAUCCACUCCAAGGCCUUCCAUGCUUCCUUUGAACUGUGGCAGCUCCAGGGUUAUAGUGUCAACCCCAACUGGCAGCAGGGCGACCUGCGUCUGACCCGCAUCACUGAUCCCCGCAGAGGAGAGGUUUUAACAUUUAAGGAAAUAACUUGGCAGACCCUCCGAGUUGAGGCAGACGCCACAGACAGUGGUGACCAGGACCCGGUCAGCACCCCACUGAGGCUCAUUACCAACCAAGGCCGGAUCCAGAUAGCCCUCAAGAGAAGGACCAAAGACUGCAAUGUGAUCGCCUCCAAGUUGACCUUCCUCCUGGACGACCUGCUCUGGGUGCUGACGGACUCACAGCUCAAGGCAAUGAUGAAGUACGCUGAGUCGCUGAGUGAGGCCAUGGAGAAGUCUGCCCAGCAGAGAAAGAGCCUGGCUCCUGAGCCUGUGCAGACCACUCCACCCGCUCCCAGUGCCCAGCAGACCUGGGCCCAGGCAUUCGGCGGCAGCCAGGGCGGCGGCAGCAGCAGCAGCAGCAGUCGUCUCAGCCAGUAUUUUGAGAAAUUUGAUGUGAAGGAGUCUUCCUACCACCUCCUUAUCUCCCGCCUGGACCUGCACAUCUGCGAUGACAGCCAGUCCCGAGAGCCAGGUGUCUCUGCAAACAGACUCACGGGUGGUGCCAUGCAGCUCACCUUCCGCAGGAUGGCGUUUGACUACUACCCCUUCCACCGGGCAGGUGACAGCUGUAGACACUGGGUGCGGCACUGUGAGGCCAUGGAGACCCGAGGCCACUGGGCCCAGCAACUGGUGACAGAGUUUCAGAGUCGGGUGGAGAAGCAGUGUGAGGGGGGCAGUGUGAAGCCCCCGUGGCUGCUGGGGGCGGAGCCUCCCUUCCGGAGGAAAGCAGAUUCUUUCUCUAGUCCUGGGAAGACCCCUCUCGACAAAAGCCCUACUCAGGGCUGGCAGGCUGCCUUUGGGGCUCCAGCAUGGAAUCGCUUACGCUCUAGCUGCCUGGUUGUACGAGUAGAUGACCUGGACAUCCACCAGGUUUCCACAGCUGGACAGCCAAGUAAGAAGCCAUCCACUCUGCUCUCCUGCAGCCGCAAGCGCCACCGCCUCCCGCCUCAGGUGGCUGCCAUCCACGUACAGUUCACAGAGUAUUACUUCCCGGAUAAUCAGGAGCUUCCGGUUCCCUGUCCCAAUCUCUACAUCCAGUUAAAUGGGCUAACGUUUACCGUGGAUCCCGUCAGCUUGCUUUGGGGAAACCUCUUUUGCCUAGAUUUAUACCGAAGCUUGGAGCAGUUUAAAGCCAUCUAUAAGCUGGAAACUUCGAGGGGAACAGAUGAGCACUUGGACAUCCGACUGGACGCAUUCUGGUUGAAGGUGAGCUUGCCCCUGGAGACGAGAGAGCUGGCGAAGCUGCAUCGCCCCCAGGUGCUGGUCCUCUCCACCUCCGCCAUGAUUGCCACCAAUACCCGGCAUGCCCCGCACUGCGCUCGCCCAGACCUCCAGAAUCUCUUCCGGGGAUUCGCCACCACUGAGUUCUUUCGUUCUGGCUAUAGUAGCUUUCCCAAGGCAGCAGGGGGCUUUGGCCUUCUACACAUGCUCUUCCUGCAUCACGCUUUCCAGAUGGACUCCCUUCCGCCGCAGCCUGGCUCCCUCCCUUCUCAGAGGCCAGCCGCCUCCCAGGAUCUUUGGUCCCUGCAUUUCACCCAGAUCUCCUUGGACUUUGAAGGCACAGAAAACUUCAAAGGCCACACCCUGAAUUUUGUGGCUCCCUUCCCCUUGUCCAUUUGGGCUUGCCUUCCUCUCCGCUGGCAGCGAGCCCAGGCACGGCGACUCCUUUUGGCUUCGGAAGGGAGGCUAAAACCGUCAGCCAGCUUUGGCAGUCCCGUGCACUCUGAAGCCCUUGUCCCCGAGUCUGUGUCCCAUCAGAGGUCAAAGACAGAGCGAGAUUUGAAGAGCCUCUCAGACUCUACAGAUGGCCCGGCGGCGGCGAGAGAAGGUGAUGCUGGUGUGGACCACAGAGCCCGUGUGGCAGAACUGGAGGAUGUGGCGGACGUUCACAUGCUUGUACAUUCUGCUGCCCACGUCAGGGUGAGGCUUGACCACUACCAGUACCUGGCCCUGCUGCGCCUCAAGGAGGUGCUAGAGGGCCUUCAGGAGCAGCUGACAAAGGACACAGAGGCCAUGACUGGGUCUCCCCUGCAGGACCAGACCAUGUGCAUAGGCGUUCUCUUUCCUAGUGCCGAGGUGGCUCUCCUCAUGCAUCCUGCCCCUGGGACUGCUCACGCGGACUCUGCAGGCUCGGACACCACCAGCCUCAUAGACUCUGAGCUGUCGCCAUCCGAGGACCGGGAGCCUAAGUCUGACGCCUCCUCGGAGCAGGGCACAGUAAGCCCCGAGAAGGUGCCGAGGGACGGCAGUGCUGAGAACCUGGCUGCGUCCCAGGAGAGGCUGCCCAGCGAUGGAGAGCUACUGGACCCAGGCCCACGUGCACAGCAGCCAGCAGGGAAGAGCCACGAGGCGGUCGAGUCUCUCCAGGCCAAGAAGCUGAGCCGAACUCAGAGCGUCAGCUCCCCGGCUGCGCUGAAGUCCCCGGAGGACAGGGAUGCGGCUCUGAAUGGCCAAGGCGAGCCCGUGCCCUUGAGGAGCAUUGAGGGGGACCUGUCCAGCGCUAUUCACAUGACCAAGGAUGCCACCAAAGAGGCGCUCCACGCUACCGUGGAUCUCACCAAGGAGGCCGUGUCCCUGACUAGGGAUGCCUUCAGCUUGGGGAGAGAUCGAAUGACUUCUACCAUGCACAAGAUGUUGUCCUUGCCUCCUGCCAAGGAGGCCAUGGCCAAGCCAGAUGAGGGGGUGGUGGCCCCAGUGAGUGGAGGUGCUGCCCGGCUCCGGUUUUUCUCCAUGAAGAGGACAGUCUCUCAGCAGUCAUUUGAUGGUGUCUCGUUGGACAGUGGUGGCCCCGACGACCGGAUUUCGGUGGACAGCGACGGCAGUGACAGCUUUGUGAUGCUCUUGGAGUCUGAGUCUGGUCCAGAGUCUGUUCCACCAGGAUCUGUCACAAGCGUCUUGGAUGAUAGUGGCAUCCAGGGGAGCCCUGUUACGGAUAGUGGUGGCCAGGGGUUGCCAGAGACCAACAGCUCAGCAUCAGCCAGUGGAGAGCCCGUCCUGCACUCGGCGUCAGUACUGGUCUUGAAGGUGAACGAAGUGUCACUUGGGAUUGAGGUUCGUGGAGAGGACCUGGCCGUAGCCUUGCAAGCAGAGGAGCUGGCCCUGCAGCAGCUGGGCACCGUGGGACUCUGGCAGUUUCUACAUGGACAGUGCCCAGGCCCAGGUUUUCAGGAACCCUCAAAUCUGAAGACCGACCCCAUUAGGCCUGCCGUGGGUCUGCGCUUUGAGGUGGGGCCUGGUGCAGCUGUUCAUUCCCCGCUGGCCACACAAAAUGGCUUCCUGCAGUUCUUACUUCGGGGCUGUGACCUGGAGCUGUUCACCUCAGUGCUCAACGGUCUGGGGCCUUUCUUGGAGGAUGAGGAUAUCCCGGUGGUGGUCCCCAUGCAGAUCGAGUUCCUGGACUGUAGUGUCACUCUCAAGGAUGACAUUCCUCCGGUCUACCCAACAUCCCCUGGCCCUGUCCCCAUCACUUUGGCAAUGGAGCGUCUUGUGCUGAAGCGGGGUGACGACGGAGUGUUUCACCUUGGUGCUCCGGCUCAGGACAGACCAUUGGCUGACGUCCCUGAGAAGCUGCAGCUCCCUAAAGAGCAGGUGCUCCUGGUGGCCCUAGGCCAGGGCUUGGGAUGCCAGGAGAAAGAAUCGCCUACCCUACAGCAAGAGCUUACGGACACCAAACAAGCACUGGCCAUUGCCAACCAGGACAGAGAAAAACUGCUCCAGGAGAUUAGGAAAUACAACCCUCUCUUUGAGCUUUGACAGCAG